AUGCCUUCCAAAUCAUCUAGCAAUGCUGGCAAGAAGUCUUCCGGCUGCUGCAGCUGCUUCUCCUUCCGCACUCUCAGCAUCAUCGCCGUCUUCCUGGCCCUCUUCUCUGCCGUCUACAGCUUCCUCGACGCGCGCCUGAACCAAUUCUACAUCUUCGACCAUGAGCAUCUGCACGAUCUCUCCCAGCGCGCCAUCAAGGCCCACGGCGAGGACACCCGCUCCAUCGUCAACUACAUCGUUACCGAGCUCGAGGAGAAGGUUGGAGCCACCCACCUAAACCAGCAUGAGGAGUGGGUGUUCAACAACGCCGGCGGUGCCAUGGGUGCUAUGUACAUUAUCCACGCCAGUAUCACCGAGUACCUGAUCAUCUUCGGAACCGCCAUCGGAACCGAGGGCCACACCGGCCGUCACACCGCCGACGAUUACUUCAACAUCCUGUCCGGUACCCAGCUGGCCUACGUGCCCGGCGAGUACGAGCCCGAGGUCUACCCGGCCGGCUCCGUGCACCACCUGCGCCGUGGCGAGGUCAAGCAGUACAAGAUGGACGCGUCCUGCUUCGCUCUCGAGUAUGCCCGUGGCUGGAUCCCCCCUAUGCUCUUCUUCGGCUACGCCGAUACCUUCUCCAGCACCCUGGACUUCCCGACCCUGUGGGCGACUACCCGCAUCACCGGUCGCGAGAUGAUCGGCAACCUGCUGAAGAUGAAGCUGUAA